CCAGCGGGCAGGGCGAGGCUGGGAUCGGGCUGCUCAGAAAUAACAGCUAGAUUUUUUUUGGGAAGGCUGCGAUCAUUCGCCUUCUGUUUCUGCCCCUCCCAGCUCUGCAACAGGAAAGUGGGUCAUCUCCAGUAACAUUGUCAAGUUGCAACUGGCUCCCGGACACCGAAGGUACAUGUGAGAGAGGGUGGGGAGAGGUCUGCAGACACGCCCCCACCCUCCCUGCCCAGAAAUGGAGCCAGCUGCAGUAUAAAGCUGCGAGCUCCUCACUGACGGUGCAGUAGUACAGCUCACUGCUUAAACAAGAGACACUCGCUUAUUCCCUUUUCUUUAAAGAAAGAAGCUCUCAGUGGUGAGGCCAGCCUUUGCUAUGAAAUACUAUUCGGCAGCUUCCAGGUACGCGGUACCAGCGAGCAGCCUGAAACCGCCUGCCCGCACCGUCCGCUUCCCCAAUGACAUUGUCUUCCUGGACCAUAUCCGCCAGGGUGACCUAGAACAAAUUGGGCGCUUCAUCAGAGCCAGGAAGGUGAAACUGGACACCUUAUACCUGACUGGAAUGGCAGCGCUACACGAAGCGGUCCUGUCUGGAAAUUUGGAAUGUGUGAAACUGCUGAUCAAAUAUGGGGCUGACAUACAGCAGAAAGACGAGAAUGGGUGGACUCCGCUGCACAUGAGCUGCAGUGAUGGGCACUUGGAAAUUGCCAAGUACCUGUUGUCCCAGGGAGCAAGAGCGAAUGUGGCGAAUGAUGAUGGGGAGCUGCCCAAGGACCUUAUUGACCCUGAAGAUGUCAAACUGCGGGCACUGUUUGAGCUUAGGGAUGGCUGAGAACACCCCUGGAUCUGGGCAUAUUUCACUUCCACACAACACACCCUGACUAGCACCAAGAGUGGAAGCAAUCUUCAGUCUGUGAUUCUGGAUAGAGAGUGCCAGCGUCAGCCAGGAGCAGUUUGUGAGCUGCAGAUGCAGGAUGAGAUCUGCAGAAUUUGCUCAGUCAUCUGCGUAAUCGCUUGAUCUCAUUUCCUUUUGAAUUUUGGCUCUAUGAAUGCCGUUGCUUCCAGUCGUUUUGAACAAAGCUCUCAACAGGGUGAAUUGAUGAGUUUAAAGAAUUUCCCAUUUCUGCUGCCAGCUCUCUCAAUGUCAGAAUUUCAGGCUUUCAAUGAUCAUGUUUAGCACUGACUACUUCUAACAGCCACCAUAAUGAACUAAAGAAUAACAAGUCUUACAUACUUUUGUGUCUUAAUUUGCUGUGAUUCCUUGCUUCUCCCCUUUGUUUCCUACAGAUCCAGGAUCUCCAUUGAUUUGCAUCUAACUAUUGUUGUAAUUAAUGCUACUUAGGAAAAAGCCCAAUACUUUUUAGGUAUAAAAUUUUAAAACUGAGAUGAGCAACGUUUGCUAUAUUUUAUCAGAGAUAGGUAGUUAAUGACCUCUUUAACAAAGCUUCCCAGUUAUCUUUCCUAACACAUCCAUGUUUGACUUGGCGUCAACAAUUUUUCUCUAAUUUAUGCACUUCGGGAUAUUGUAUUGUGUUAAAUUUGUUGUAUAGAUGCAAGUUUUUGUUAAAAUAUGUA